AUGCCCUCCAGCAACUUUGCCGACAUCGCCGCUAGCCUGCCCCGGCUACCGGUCCCAGACCUUGCUGACACAGCGUCGCGGUUCGCCGCCGUAGCAAAGCCGCUGUUCUCCACACAAGAGUACGAGGCAUGCAUGGCCAAGUUUGCACAUUUCAUGGCCAACGAGGCCCCGGUGCUGCAGGCCCGGCUCCACGAGCGCUCGACACAGCAUGUCAACUGGCUCGAGGACUGGUGGAACGAGUAUGCGUACUUUGAGAACCGUGCUUCGGUGUGCUUCAAUGUCAACUACUUCUUUGGCUUCCGCCCCACACUGCAGCCCGUGCCGCAGUCGCGCCUUGCUGCCACCCUCAUUGACAGCGCGCUGCGCGUGCGCCAAGAGCUCGAGUCGGGUGCCUUUGCACCGGACCAGAUUCGCGGAAAGCACAUGUGCAUGCACCAGUACCAGUACCAGUUCGCCACAUGCCGCCACCCUGGCGAGACGCGCGACCACACCGAGGUGUACUCGCUCGAGGAGAGCAGCCAUGUCGCCAUCGCACACAAGGGCCGCUUCUUUGUGCUGCGCCCGCCCGCGCUGGGCCAAGACCGCUACGCAGCCAUUGCCCAGAUUGAAGCCCAGCUUCAGCGCAUUAUUGACACCACCGCCGAGCUCGAGCGUGCCAAGUCCAUUGGCAUCCUGACCGCUGCUCUGCGCGAUGACUGGUACGCUGCCCGCGAGUGCCUGCUCCAGGUCUCUCCUGAGAACGCCGCCAGCCUGCGCCUGAUCGAGUCCUCUGCCUUCCUCGUCAGCCUCGAAUCCUCUUCCCCGGCUACCCACCAGCAGUUCUCGCUUGAGUGCCACUGCAGCAACGGCAUCAACCGCUACUUUGACAAGAACUUCCAGAUCCUGGUCUUUGCCAACGGCCGCUACGGCUUCAACGGCGAGCACUCUCUGACCGAUGCCACCACUGACAUGCGCCUGUGCAACACUCUUGUGCACGACGUCGAGUCUCUGGCUGUCGCCAACUUCCCUGCGGCUGCUGCCGAGUCUGAGGCCGAGGAGAUCAACAAGGCCAUUAGCUACUUUGAUGCCACCGUCAGUGCACACGAGCUGUCGACCCUCACCUUUGACAGCUUUGGCAAGGAGCAGAUUAAAAAGAUGAAGGUCAGCCCCGACGCCUUUGUGCAGAUGGCCAUGCAGCUCGCCUACUACCGCAAGUUCCGCCAGGUGCCGCCGACCUACGAGUCCGCAUCGACCAAGGCCUACGCCCGCGGCCGUACCGAGACCUCGCGCUCUGUCUCCGAUUCCAGCGCCGAAUGGUGCAGCUCGAUGGUUGACCACCCUGAGGCCACGAGCCUGCAUGCCAAGUCGGAGCUGCUGCGCGCUGCCAUUGUCAAGCAGUCGCAGUACACCGCCAUGUGCUCGAAGGGCCAGGGCAUCGACCGCCACCUGCUGGGCCUGCAGCUCUCGCUGCUGCCGGGCGAACCCGUUCCUGAGCUGUUCACCGACCCAGUUUUCACUGGCUCACGCCACUGGAAGCUGUCGACGUCUCAGAUCAGUGACCCAAUCCUGGAUGCUUACGGCUGGGGUGAGGUCGUCGACGACGGUUUUGGCGUUGCCUACCGGAUCGACAGCAACUCGCUGAGCUUCAAUGUUGUCAGCCAGCACCUGGGCUCCCAGCGGCUGUGCCAGUACCUGAAUGACGCUCUCAUGGACAUGCGCUUCCUGCUGGUCAACGCCCACAAAGAGCCCCACCAGAUCAAAGCCGAGGUUGAUGCUGUAGCCAAUGUCUUGCGUUCCAUCAAGCUUGCUUCGUCUCGCACCUCACCGAUCCACACCCCCGCGCAUGCUGUGGCACAUGAGCUUCACGCUGCUGACGAGCUGGGCCGGCUGUCAUCAAAUGAAGUCAUUUGCGCGCUAGAGACCCGCCUCUCGCGCUUUGUCAAGGAGUCGCUAUCGUGGGCCAUGCCCUCGACCAGCUAA